GUGUGGAAAACGCACUAUCAGAAGUUGCUAUAGCCUGAGUGUCCACAAGGUCUGAGCCAGUCCACAGACGACAAAGGACAUCUCCAAGCCACAAAAAAAUAGUCCCGUACGCGUAAACAAGAAUAUUUCUAAGAUAACCAAAGGAAAGAAAGGACUUUAAUUAAGCAUGGCUAAUAACACCGUGAGCUACAAUUGCACUGGUCCUAUCUCGUCUCCUCUUUACGGAACAAAGAGCGAUCCAGCGGAGUCACUACCAGUCGAAGUAGUAAAACUAACUCUCUAUGCAACAUGUGCUUCGUUUGGUGUUAUUGGCAACAUUCUGGUCACCAUUAUUUUGAAUAGGAUUAAGGUGAAAGAAACACGUGUAAUGGAUUUCUAUAUGAUCAACUUGGCCAUUGCAGAUUUAGGAACUUUGCUGUUGGCGUUACCAUUUACCGCAACGCGUGAAAGACUUCCUAAUGACUGGCCAUUUGGAAAGAUCGUUUGCCUGUAUUUUCUUCCAGUUGUCGAAAUAUUUCAUGGAUCAUCUGUGUGGUUCAUAACAGCGGCUGGCAUAGAACGUUAUCAGAAAAUCGGUAGGCCAUCAAAAGUAAACACCAGACUUCGAGCUUCACUGAAGAAAGCAAAGAUGGUUGCUGCGUGUAUUUGGAUGGCUUCAUUUUUCUUGUUUUCAUUCCCAUUGUAUUUCGUUGUUCGCUAUAGAGAGAAAUCAAACGACGGAACCAUUUGGUGCGGUGCAGAAUGGCCUUUGUGGGGUAAAGGCUUUGUGUUACCUCAGGUCUACAACAUGUUAAUUGUUCUGCUUUCUUACAUAAUUCCACUUAUUGUAAUACUAGGAACGUUCCUUGCAGUGUCACGAACGUUAGAUGAAAGUAACAAAUUCAUCAAGGUCAUGAAACAAGGAAAAGAGAAUAUUACAUUGGUUAUGAAUCUUUGUGAUAAAGACGACUGCUCACCCAGGCAUAGUCUCCGCGUCGCCCAAAACAAACGCGCCAAAGCGAUUUUAACACCAGUUGUUGUAGUUUUUUCAGUUUUCAUGCUGCCUCUGGCAAUGUUUCGACUUUGCAUUGUAUUUUGGCCGCCUAUUAUUGAGCAAACAUUUUAUGAAAACUUACUGUUUGUGGUCUCAGUGGGCGUCAUUAUCAACUCGUCCGCAAAUCCAUUGAUUUAUUCGGUUGUUAAGAAGGACUUUCGGCGCGAAUUGAAACGGAUUUUUCGGUACAGUAGGACUUGAGCAGUUUUCAUCAGUCAGAGAACCAUUGGUAUCAAACUAUUCCUUACUGAGAUGGACGUUAAAAAAGCAUUUGUAAUAAACAUUCAUAUUUUUGGUAGCCACCUCCAGAACUGUGAUUGUUUUUCUCUCGCGUACAUUUUUGGCAUGUCAA